CCUGAGUUUCUCCACCAGCUCCUUCUGGCCGAGCAUCCUAGCCUCCUCUCUUCCAGCAGCAGUGCCACCACCACCACCAAUGGCACCAGCAACAACAACACCAGCACAGACAAACAAGCAGCAGCAACAACUAAUGGAUCUAGCAAUUCAAAGAAGGAGAAUCUUACACCUCGGGCUCAGGCCAACAUAGGCAGAAUGAUCGCUCUGCUGUCUGCAGGGCCUUCCAUCAUGGCCAC